GAUUUUAAAACCUUUUUAAAAACCAAUAAGAUUACUCUAUACUAACUUGUACACCUGUACAGUAUGAUGCAAUCAAAUACAACUGUUCUGCCAUAAAGUCUACUUUUAUAAUGUUCAGGUUUUGUUGAGACUUUCAUAGAGGUGUUAAUUUAAUUUAUAUGUUUUAGCACUGAGGUCAUAGUUAGUGAUGGUGUUCUACUGGACUGCAUUUUAUUCAGCAGUGUUUUCAACAUAUUAUUAGAAAGUGUUUUUUCACUAAAGACAAAAGCUUGCAUGUGCAAAUUAGGCAUUCACAAACUGAAAGUCCAGCGCACAUUUUCUCACAUGUAUUGUGUAAUCUCAAAGUGACUAUAUGCCAACUGUCCUACACCUCAGGGAAGGCCAAAUAUUGUCUUGACCGACGCAUCACUUCUAAAGAAUGAUUUUCCAGAGGGUUCUGAAGUCACUUUAGAGUGUGCUAAAGGAUAUGUUACCGAAAGUGGCUCUGAUAUUAUAAAAUGCAUUGAUGGAAAUUGGACUGAAUCAGAUCUCACCUGCAAAAGGAAGGACUGUGGUCCCCCUACACCUCAACCGAAUAUGAGCUUUAAUACCAGCGCUGGUACCCUGUUUGGUGCUGUAAUAAGAGUAGUUUGUGAUAAAGGUUACCAGAUUAGGGGAUCAAGCUUCAAACAGUGCUAUGCGGCAGGGUGGAGUAGGAGAGCAGCCAAGUGUGAAAUUGUAACAUGUGAUAAACCGAGUGAUGUGACCAAUGGCAGAAACUCAUGGGAUUCUCACAAUUUCCCAAAAUAUGGAGACAUCGUACAGUACAUCUGUAAUGAAGGACACACCCUCAUUGGGAAAGAUAGCAUUAUGUGCAGAGAAACUGGUAAAUACGAUUCUCAGCCUCCUGAAUGCCAAGGUGUGACAACAGAAGGUAGAAUUACAACAAAAAUGGCAACACCAACGUCUACACCUCCAGCACAAGAAGCGUCCACUUCUACAGAUUCAUCUGCCACACCCACAGCUCACAGAGAUAAAACUAUCACAACCACUACAGCACCAACUGUCUUACCUUCAGUGCAAGAAGCGUCCACUUCUACAGAUUCAUCUGCCACACCCACAGCUCACAGAGAUAAAACUAUCACAACCACUACAGCACCAACUGUCAUACCUUCAGUGCAAGGUGGCAGAGACAUUUUGUCAGCCAAAGACAACGCUACUACAACCAGUGUAACAUCAUCUUCAUCUCAAGACAAGCAUUAUGGGGCUGUAGAUACUAACAAGGAUAUUGGAUAUACACCUGCUAUAAUCAGCCUGAUAGUCAUUCUACUAGGUGUAUCUAUAGUUUUCGGUUUAUACAAGUUACUUCUGAAGAAAAAAGGCUCAUAUGACACCGGAGAAGACCUGAAGCCGGAGUUAUUACAGUUCCAAAAUCUUUAGAUUGCCUGCCUGACUAAGCUCCGCAAAUGGAACCGCGCCUAUCUGUUAAAGAGCAUCUAUGACCCAGGGAGGACGUGCCAGCAAGCUGUAGUAGUGUAGCAGUGCCUCUCUGAGUUGAUGGGUGAAAAAACAAAACAAAACUGACUUUAAUGUUAUGGCACUUCAAAUGGCAGAUAAUCAAAUCUGUUGAGUAAAAGUAUCAUAAUUUAAGUUAACGUCCAAUGAUGAAAAGCACUUUUUGUAAUGAUGUUUCUUUUGUUUUUUUAAACAAACAAUUGUAAAUAUUUAAUGCCAAUUUUAUUACUAUUUUGUACAUUAUUUAUGUUAUAAACUGGACAAAACACUUUAACAUUGCCUCCAUGUAUUAUGAAGUAUUGCAGUAUUUUAUUGAGAAACACUUAAGGUUUUUGAGAAACCUUAAGUGUCUUGUGGAUGACACGCAAGGGAGCAGGGAACACAAGGAAUAGGACCCAAAUGCAGACUUAGAGGCAGAGCAGAUGCAGUUCAUUAAUUUAUUUCGGGGAAAGGCUUACACGUAGGCAGGCAAAGGUCCAAAUCGGGAGGGCAGUCCAAGACAGGUAAACAAAUCAGACAAGGAGCAGGCAAUAAAUGAAAUCCAAAAAUCCAGGCGAGGUCCAAGCAAAUGCAGAAAUAAAUCCAAGAGACUCAGAAGAAGCACAAGAAACAAGGCUGGGACACCUGACAUCUAAACCACACACCACUGCUGAUGCAAAUGAUAAUGACAACGAACUGACACUGAACAAAGGAAAAAACACGGACUAAAUACAUUUAGGAAGGGCAGACAACAAGACACAGGUGCAAUUAAUCAACGUGGGGCCAACAAUCUAAACUGGAGGGAAAGCAAACAAAGACAGGAAGUAAAAUCACAAGACACAGGAGGAGAGGAGAACACUACAAAAUAAAACAGGAGACAGGACAAAACCCCAAAUCUAUGACAUUAAACCCAUAAGUCUGUGUUAUUAAUGUGCUAUUUUGUUAAGACAGGCUCAUGAAAAAGGUAAUUCAAGAAGUAUACAAUGUGGUUAAUUCAGUUUGUAGACUGAAAUGGCGACUGAUAAAGAUACAAUCAGCUGCA